GGCAGCCUCAGUACCCGGUGCGAAAAGCAGGUGGCAGCCGAGCGCGGCGCGGCGCGCGUUGCGCAUGCGCGGCAGCUCUCCGAAGGGGGUGGUUAAGGGUUGAGAGGAGGCUUUCCGGGCGGUCAGCUGGCUGGGAGCGGCGCAGGGUCAGGAUGGACGAGGACGUGCUGACCACCCUGAAGAUCCUCAUCAUCGGCGAGAGCGGCGUGGGCAAGUCCAGCCUGCUCUUGAGGUUCACAGAUGAUACUUUUGACCCAGAACUUGCAGCAACAAUAGGUGUUGACUUUAAGGUGAAAACAAUUUCAGUGGAUGGAAAUAAGGCUAAACUUGCAAUAUGGGAUACUGCUGGCCAAGAAAGGUUCAGAACAUUAACUCCUAGCUACUAUAGAGGUGCACAGGGUGUGAUACUAGUAUAUGACGUGACAAGAAGAGACACCUUCGUUAAACUGGACAAUUGGUUAAAUGAAUUGGAAACAUACUGCACGAGAAACGACAUAGUGAACAUGCUAGUUGGAAAUAAAAUUGACAAGGAAAAUCGUGAAGUCGAUAGAAAUGAAGGCCUGAAGUUUGCACGAAAGCAUUCCAUGUUAUUUAUAGAGGCAAGCGCCAAAACUUGCGAUGGUGUACAGUGUGCCUUCGAGGAGCUUGUUGAGAAGAUCAUUCAGACGCCUGGACUGUGGGAAAGUGAGAACCAGAAUAAAGGAGUCAAACUGUCACACAGGGACGAAGCCCAUGGAGGAGGAGCCUGCGGUGGAUACUGUUCUGUGUUAUAAACCGGGAAAUACCAUCUCUUGCAUAUUUGAUUAGAUAGUGACAUCUUUCUGUAUAUAAACUCUAACUGCUGUUUUUAGGGACCUUGCAGUUUGCACAUAAUCUGUUUUCUAUCAUGGCAGUACAUACUUGCAAGAAACCCCACUUACCAGCUUUGCCAUGCUUUUCCUGCAUGCACAAUUUGCAGUCUGAAGUUUUCAUGUAACAUCAGAUAGAUGUACCUUUCUCUGUACAUUUGAUUUUAUGGUUUACAUUUAUCAUGUGAAUUAAAAAAAAAAUCCCACCUCUCCAGCAUAUGUCGACACAAGGUCUACUUUUGGUCUGCUGAAGUACUCUUACCAAUUACCAAGUUAGUUGUCAUGUAGAACUCCUCUGACACCUUGGAGGUCCACAGGUAUCACCAAACUGGGAGAAUUCCCUUUCAGGAGUGGCAAGGAGCGUGAUUCCCACAGCCUUUCUAGGCUGUUUGUUGAAAGAUUCUGUUGUGGUAUCUAGGUAGAAAUCCUCUUUACAGAAUGAGGCCAGACCAGUUUAUAGUUAAAUCUUUGUUUUGAUGAUGCUUAUAAAAUAGCACUGACAUGUUAAAGUCUGGUCUUUUUAAUCCAGUGAGUAGUUCACUUGCUUAAUUGGAGUUUCAUUUCUGUGAGAUGUACAUUGAAAUUCACAACAUCUUGUGCAGUUUUCCUUACGUGGUGUUGGCAGAAGAGCCACAGGAAGGACUCCACUCCGUUUUGGGUUCAGACGGACAUGGCUAGUGUGUUUGUGUAACUCGUGUAAGUACUUAGUACUUUUUGAAAACCAACAUCUUUUCCCAUACACAGUGGUCUUUCCAGGCACCUCUGUUGUCUCUUGUGUAAUGUUCAAGAGUAUCUGUAUCUUACGACUUCCGAAGAUGACUAGCUGAUACUCAAAACCUCCUUCUGUGUCUUGAGAGUUGGGGGGAAAAACACUAACUGACUAUUUGAGAGAGGCACACUGUUUCUAAAUCUUGAUGUGUGUGUGUGGGGAGGGUGGGGGUGGGUGGGUGGGGUGGGGUGGGGAGGGAAUUGUGUAAUGAAAAGCCCUGGUAAUUUACUAUGACAAGUAGCCAAACCAACUUGUACAGACUAAUAAAUCUUUUUCCACAGUAUUCGGUUUCCUAACCUCUUACUAGUGUGCAUUAUUUAUCUUUUUCACUCAUGUUAUUUAAUUUACUUUGCUCUUUUAAUCCCCCUGUAAGUAAUUCACCCUUUCAGGCUGAUCACUAUAAUGUCCCCGUUGGAUAUUAAUAUCUGGGAUUUUUUAAAAAAAAUUUACAGUUGCAAGUGAUAGACAUUUUUGUGGGCUAGGUUUGUAAUAUGUGUGAUAAUGGAUUUAUUUCAAGUUGGGUUCUUAUAUAUAAGAAAAAUUUACACUAUUGGUUCACUCCUGUUAGACUACAUGUGAUUAGAGAUUUUAUACACUCUGUAUGUUUUUACUAAAUAUAAAACACGUAUCAUUUUAAUGUUAGAGGAAUGUAGCAAACAUGUACUUAGCAUUUCUGUUACAGUAAAUCUUUAAAUUUAUAUGUUUAUACAGUGCCUGCAUUGACAAGACAUUUCCAUUGUCUUUGCUCCUUGGGCUACACAAUACUCUUUCUGUGCAUUGGAUUCUUACCUUGAUUUGCUCAGAAUUUGGGAACAUGAGUUACUUACUUUUUAAAAGCUGAUUUUGUUUGACAGAUUCAUAUUGUAAUCUUUUAUAAUUUUUGAAUAAAUAUAUCUUGCUUUCCCUAGA